UAUUUGUGUCGAGGAUGAAGCAUCCUCAGUUCCUCACUUACCAAUUCAAGACAAUAGGCUACAUUUGGAAGGUGCGCCACGUGAAAAAGUGUUUGUAAACAUUCCAACACAGAACUCCAUUCAAGAUGAGGUCCAAGCGAGAUUACACCAUUUGGCCACAGAUCUAUGCCUCGGCAACAGUGUGUAUAUGUGGGAUGUGUGCAGGGACCUUUUUUGCCUUCUCUUCGGUGGCAAUUCCACUGUUGAAGAAAACAGAAGAAGGCGACGUUGGGAUCAGUUCCAACGAGGGAUCAUGGAUUGUCAGCUUGUUCUAUAUUGGAACCGUUUUGGGAUCCCUCGUUGCAGGGACCAUGAACGACAGAAUCGGCGCCAAGAAAAUGUGCCUCAUAAUGGCGCCCACAGUGAUUUUCAAUUGGGCUCUAACUGCUCUUUCGACGGAUCUCAAUACCCUUUUAGCCUCUCGGGUUAUAUCUGGAAUGUGCUAUGGGAUAUUCUUGGCAUUGGUAAAGGUAUACAACGCAGAAAUCAGCCACCCAGACCUUAGAGGAACAACCAGUGCCUUCUACCCUACGUUUCUCUCAGGAGGAUUGCUCUACGGGUUCAUCCUCGGCUACGUCUUCAAGGAUGUGCGACUGAUAUCCGUCUUCCUCUCUUUUCCCGCUGUUCUUUAUCUGGUGAUGAGCCUUUUCAUUCCGGAUUCUCCAUACUGGUUGGUUCAAAAGGGUCAUUUCGAAGAAGCACGCCAAGCUCUGCAAUGGCUUCGAGGGUCGUCUUGUGAUAUUUCAGCUGAGUUUGGUGACAUCAUCGCUAAAAGGCAACUCAGAGAAGCCAUGAACCCUGGGUGGAAGCAUCACUUGACCUCUCCAGACUUUUUAAAACCCAUGCUCAAGGUUGGAACAAUAAUGGCCUUGGUGGAACUCGGAGGGCCCAAUCUUCUAUCUCAGUACAUGGUGACCAUCUUUGAGGAAUCUGGCUCGUCUGUGGACCCGACUUUGGCUCCCAUUUUUGUAUCAAGCACACGGAUGAUUCUUGGCUGCUUCAGUGCCAUUUUAUUGAGGUUCUGUCCACGAAGAAAACUUGUUCUCGUGGCCUUGUUUUUGGUCAUGGGCAGUUUCUGCUCCUUGGGAGCGUUCAGCUUCAACAAGCAACAACACUCCGAUGUAAUACUGAACAAGCAAGAAUCGCGGAACCUCGCUGUAUUUGGCUUUGACUUAGAUCAGGCCAUUCUGGAUCAUGACGAGGCCGUCCUCAUUCACGAUGCGUUUGUGGAGGCCUAUGGCUGGAUUCCUAUGUUAAGUGUCAUGGUGGUUCAGGUCUGUGAGACCGUGGCCUUGGUCCCAGUUCUUCAUUUAGCCCUACCUGCUGAGAGCUUUCCUACCGACGUUCGUGCCAUUGGAUGUGGGUUUUGCGGCAUUGUCAUUGCUUUUACCCGAUUUUGCAUCCUCAAGACUUUCCCCGUUCUGAUUGACGUGUGCUAUUUUCACACAGUAAUUUGGGGAUUUGCCGGGGUCAUAUUUGUAUUACAAGUGUUUGUCUAUUUCGUCGUGCCAGAAAACAAAGGCCAAAGUCUAGUUCAGACCGAGGACAAAAUGAGUAAACACACCUCAACUCUU